AUGUAUGCAUCACCUAGUUCCUUGAUGAAUUUGUCUUCUUCUUUGACGUCUCUUAAACUAAGCAGAAGCCAAUUGCAUGGGAAAUUCCCAGAUAUCAGUCAUCUAUCCAAAUUGGUUUCAUUGGUCCUCUCCCACAACAAAUUUAAUGGUGAGAUUCCCUCCUCAUUUGGAAACCUUAAACAGCUUCAUACUUUGAGCCUCCGCAACAACAGUCUCAGUGGUCAAAUUCCAUCCUCACUUGGAAGCCUUAAGGAACUCACUUCAUUGGUCCUCUCCUACAACAAAUUUAAUGGUGAGAUUCCCUCCUCAUUUGAAAACCUUAAACAUCUUCUAUUUUUGGACCUCAGCAACAACAAUCUCAGUGGUCAAAUUUCAUCCUCACUUGGAAGCCUUAAAGAACUCACUUCAUUGGUCCUCUCCGACAACAAAUUUAAUGGUGAGAUUCCCUCCUCAUUUGGAAACCUUAAACAGCUUCAUAAUUUGCACCUCCGCAACAACAGUCUCAGUGGUCAAAUUCCCUCCUCAUUUGAAAACCUUAAACAUUUUCUACUUUUGGACCUCGGCAACAACAAUUUCAGUGGUCAAAUUUCAUCCUCACUUGGAAACCUUAAGGAACUCUUUAAAUUGGAUCUCUCCUAUAACAAUUUUAAUGGUGAGAUUCCCUCCUCAUUUGAAAACCUUAAACAUCUUCUAAUUUUGGACCUCAGCAACAACAAUCUCAGUGGUCAAAUUUCAUCCUCACUUAUGAGGCUUAAAGUCGUCUUAUCAUUGGAUCUCUCCUAUAACAAUUUUAAAGGUCCCAUCACUUUCCAAGGAAGCAGGCUUUCAAGUUUAGUAUACCUCGAUUUAUCCAACAACUUGUUACAUGGCCGAAUUCCAAGUUCAAUUUUCAAACUUGUGAACUUGAGUGUUCUUAUUCUUUCAUCCAACAAAUUGAUAGGAGAAGUCUCUUCUGCAUUUGAACGGCUCCAUGCCACAAUGUUUGGAAAUUUCAGCAACAAUCGUUCAGUAUUGCACUUGGGCAUGAACAAAUUCCAUGGAACCAUCCUUGAAACGUUUCCAGUAGGCAGCAACUUGAGAUAUUUGAACAUCAAUGGUAACCAAUUGCAAGGGAGAAUCCCACCUUCCAUCUCCAAUUGUAUAAAUUUGGAAAUUUUAGAUCUCGGAAACAAUAAUAUAGAUGACACAUUCCCCCAUUUUCUGGAAACACUUUCGAAGCUACAAAUUCUAAUUCUAAAAUCCAAUAAAUUUCAUGGUUUGGUGAAAGGGACCUCUGCCAAUUAUUCAUUCCCAAAGCUACGAAUUUUUGACCUCUACAACAACAUGUUUAGCGGACCUCUACCUGCGGAGUAUUUCAACAAUUUCAAGGCAAUGAUGAUCUUUGAUUUGAAUAUGAAAUACAUGGGGGCGCUAAAUCAUUCUUCUUAUGAUUAUUCUGUAAGUCUGACACUCAAAGGCUUAGAGAUUGAGUUGGUGAAAAUCCAAACACUUCUUACAUCCAUUGAUUUGUCGGGCAAUAAAUUCACAGGGGAAAUCCCACAGUCAAUUGGAAAACUUAAAUCACUUAAGUUGCUCAACUUAUCUCACAAUCAACUCACAGGCAAUAUUCAAGCAUCAUUGGGGAAUUUGAGCAAUUUGGAAUCAUUAGACCUCUCUUCAAAUCUUCUUGUUGGAAGGAUUCCAAUGCAAUUGACAUAUUUGACAUUUUUGGAAGUGUUUCGGGUUUCACAUAAUCAACUUGAAGGGCCUAUACUUGAAGGAAAGCAGUUCAAUACAUUUGAUAGCACUUCAUAUGAAGGAAAUUUGAGAUUGUGUGGACUUCCACUAGAAAAAUGUGACAAUGGGGAGAGGAAAAAACCAACAACAUCAAAGGAAGAUGAUUCCAAGUCUAAAAAUGGAUUUGGAUGGAAAGUCAGACAAGGUGGUAUGGAUGUGGAGUAA